AUGAGGUGCCUGGUUGCCAUACUCCUGGUCGUUGCCGUGGCAGCCGAACAACACAGACGGGAGAUCCAACCUUCCACAGAGGAAGCCGAACACCAGAAGCGCGAAGCGAAGCCAUCCCCAGGUGGACACGGACACGGUCACAGUGAAGUCCAUGUUGUCGAUCACGGACACACUGUCGGCCACGGGCAUGGCAUCGGGCACGCUAUUGGACACGGACACGCUAUUGGCCACGGACAUGCUAUUGGCCACGGACAUGAUAUUGGCCACGGACACGCUAUUGGCCACGGGCAUGGCAUUGGGCACGCUAUUGGUCACGGACACAGCAUCGGCCACUCUAUUGGCUACGGACAUGGGAUUGGCCACUCUAUUGGCCACGGACAUGGCGUCGACCAUGGGCAUGCAGUUAGUCAUGGACACGGCGCUAGUUUGGGUCUUGGGCACAUCCUUGUUGGUGGUGGCUUAGGAUACGGACAUGGCUUAGGACAUGGAUUUGGAGCCGGGCACGGCAUUGCGCAUGACCAUGGAGCCCAUAACUACGCUUCGGAAUAUGGAUUCACUUCCGGAUAUGGAGGGCAUGGACACGGCUUCGGACAUGGGCACGGUUUUGGACACGGGCACGGCUUCGGACAUGGGCACGGCUUCGGACAUGGGCACGGUCUCGGACACGGUCACGGUGCUGGAUUCGGUCAUGGUCUAGGAUAUGGCCAUGGCGACGGCGGGCACGGACACGGGCUGGGACAUGUCGUGAGUCACGGAGUGUCCUACCAGCCAUACGGAGCCAACUCCUACCUUCCCGUUCACGGCCUGGUCAGGCGCGCAGCUGUGCCCACGGCGGAAGCAAAGGCGACUGCUAAGGCAACGCCACUUCCAAAGGCAACGGCAACAUCUCAGUACGGCUUCGGACACGGAGGUCUCGCUGGACACGGCGCAGUAGCCCAUGGUGUGGGUCAUGCAGUGGGUCAUGGGGUUAGCCAUGCUGUGGGCCACGAUGUGGGCCAUGUGGUGGAUCAUGCAGUAGGUCAUGGUGUGGGCCAUGGUGUGGGUCAUGCAGUAGGCCAUGGUGUGGGUCAUGUAGUAGGUCAUGGUGUGGGCCAUGGAGGUCAUGGUGUGGGUCAUGUAGUAGGCCAUGGUGUGGGUCAUGCAGUAGGCCAUGGUGUGGAUCAUUUUGCAGGCUAUAGCCAUGGUGUGGGUCAUGCAGUAGGUCAUGGUGUGGGUCAUGCAGUAGGUCAUGGUGUGAGUCAUGCAGUAGGCCAUGGUGUGGGUCAUGCAGUAGGCCAUGGUGUGGGUCAUGCAGUAGGUCAUGGUGUGGGUCACGGUGUGGGUCAUACAGUAGCCCAUGGUGUGGACCAUUUUGCAGGCUAUGGCCAUGGUGUGGGUCAUGCAGUAGGCCACGGUGUGGGUCAUGGCGGUCAUGGUGUGGGACUUGCAAUAGGUCAUGGCCAUGGUUUGGGCCAUGCAGUAGGCCAUGGCCAUGGUUUGGGUCAUGCAGUAGGCCAUGGUGUGGGUCAUGCAGUAGGCUAUGGGCAUAGUGUCGGUCUUGCAGUAGGCCAUGGUCAUGGUGUGGGUCAUGCAGUAGGCCAUGGUGUGGGUCAUGCAGUAGGCCAUGGUGUGGGUCAUGCAGUAGGCCAUGUUGUGGGUCAUGCAAUAGGUCAUGGCCAUGGUUUUGGUCAUGCAGUAGGCCACGGUCAUGGUAUUGGGCAUGCAGUAGGCCACGGUGCCAGUCUUGCAGUGGGCCAUGGCCAUGGUGUGGGCCAUGUUGCAGGCUUCGGACAUGGUGGUGGUCACGGCCACCAUGGGCUGGGCCACGCCGUGGGGCACGAGGCUCAAGUGGUAGACCACAGCAUACAUGUCUUUGACGAAGGAGACAAGAAGCAUGGGUCGUCUCAUGGUGCCCACGUGGUGGCCCAUGAUGCUGGCCACAGCCUGGGCCAUGGCCACGGCCUGGGCCAUAGCCACGGCCUGGGUCAUGGCCACGGCCUGGGUCACGGCCACGGCCUGGGUCACGGGCUAGGUAAAAGCUUCUAUUAUAAUCCUUAUGCCUACAGUCCCUACACAUCAAGAUAG